UCAACAGUUGGAAGAAUGUCGUGGCUAUUCGGCUAUCGUAAUGCACAGCCGCCGCAGGAUUUCACGCAAUUUGUGCCACCACUGGCGGGUGACAGCGGUGGAGGCGGAAGCGGCAGCGGCGGCGGCGGCGGCGGCGGCGGUUCUCCACCGAGGAUCGGCGGUUCUCAGAUGGAAGCAUAUAGAUUCGAUUCGAGCGCGCUGGAACGGGCCGCCGCGGCCGCCAAGGAACUCGAGCGAUCCAGUACGAUAACAGCUGGCUCAGUAUUAGGCUCGGGUGCCAAAGCCUUGUUGGAGGAUUGGGAUAAGAUCCUCGCAGCGGCAGGUGGUUUGUCUCUCGUUGCCUUCGGAAUAUACACUGCCAAGGGCUCAACUAGCAUGGCAACGCGUUAUAUUGAGUCUCGUUUAGGAAAACCAUCGUUGGUGCGUGAAACCUCGAGAUUUACGUUUCUGGAUACUAUUCAGCAUCCCAUCCAAGCAGUGAAGAAGCUGAAGAGCAAACAAACUGACGCGUUGUCCGGCGUGAUCCUGGCACCAAAACUCGAAGAGAGAUUGCGCGACAUCGCGAUUGCCACGAAGAACACGAAGUAUAAUCGCGGCAUGUACAGGAACAUAUUGAUGCAUGGUCCACCGGGUACCGGCAAAACUAUGUUUGCGAAAAAGCUAGCGGAGCAUUCGGGUAUGGACUAUGCGAUCGUGACGGGUGGAGAUCUGGCCCCGUUGGGCAGAGACGGUGUCACUGCCAUUCACAAGGUGUUCGAUUGGGCGUUGACGUCCCGCAAGGGACUGUUGUUGUUCAUCGAUGAAGCGGACGCGUUUUUGAGGAAGCGUUCGAGCGAACGUAUCUCGGAGGAUCUUCGGGCGAUGUUGAAUGCGUUCCUGUACAGGACCGGUGAGCAGAGCAACAAAUUCAUGUUGGUGCUCGCGUCUAACACGCCAGAGCAGUUUGACUGGGCGGUGAACGAUCGAUUAGAUGAGAUGGUGGAGUUCCGUCUUCCAGGCCGUGAAGAGCGCGAACGUUUGGUUCGCCUUUACUUUGACAAAUUUGUCCUCCAACCGGCGAUCGAAGGAAACAAGAGAUUGAAGAUCGCACAAUUCGAUUAUAGCUCGUUGUGCUCCAAGAUGGCUGAUUUGACGGAGGGAAUGUCUGGUCGAGAAUUGGCGAAACUUGGAGUCACUUGGCAAGCGGCGGCCUACGCCUCGGAAGACGGUGUAUUAACGGAAAAGAUGGUCAUGGACAGGUGUCUCGAGGCGAUCAAGCAGCACAAACAGAAGGUACAAUGGCAAAGUGAGCAGGAGAAGCAGGAAUCGAAAUCAAUAUACGCCAUGGAAGACGACGCAAUCGUCCGUUCGAAAACUCUGGCUAUAGAGCCGUGUCCAGGAAACACGGUAGCUCCAGCCUAGAUAAUUACAAGAACACAAUUUGUUUUAAUUUUUUAUAGUCGGGCUAACAUUAAGGGCAGAGGGGGGAAAAAGGACAGAUGCCACUGGAAAAGCAAGUUCGCAAAGCUCGACGAGUCACAAAUGUCACUUGUUACAAAUGUAUAUUUACAUAGAAUAAUUAAAUCUAUCCCGAUGUUUCAUCA